GCCAAUCAGAGGAGAGGACUCUGACCUCCUCUUCCUCGUCUUCCUCCUGGUGACUCCACAGCCUGACGAUGCUCAGCAAAGGAAGCUCCUGCUGCUGCUCCUUUGAUGACUACAAGCUGACCACCGAAUGGCUCCAGAACCAGACCCGGCACCAACCCAAAGUGGCCGUGAUCUGCGGGUCCGGACUCGGCCUGCUGGCUGAAGCCGCCACCGACAAGCAGACCUUCAGGUACCAGGAUAUCCCCAACUUCCCCGUCAGCACAGUCCCAGGCCACGAAGGCUGCCUGGUGUUUGGGACGAUCGAGGAGACGCCCUGUGUCUUCAUGAAGGGACACUUCCACCUGUACGAAGGUUACUCCCUCUGCCAGGUGACCUUCCCAGUUCGGAUCUUCAAGCUGCUGGGUGUGGACUCUGUCCUGGUGACCAACGCCUCGGGGGGAAUCUGUCCGGACUUCAAGGUCGGGGACAUCAUGGUGAUCCGGGAUCACAUCAACCUGCCAGGUUUCGCCGGCCAGCACCCUCUGUGCGGACCCAACGACGAGCGGUUCGGGACGCGGUUCCCCUGCAUGUCGGACGCCUACAGCAAAGAACUGCGGACGCUGGCGCUGGACGUGGCCUCUGACCUCGGCUGCAGUGUCCGCACCGGCGUCUACUGCAUGGUGAGCGGACCCAACUUCGAGACCAUCGCCGAGGCCCGCAUGCUGCUGACGCUGGGCUGCGACUGCGUGGGAAUGUCGAUGGUCCCUGAAGUCACCGUGGCGAAGCACUGCGGACUCAGAGUUCUGGGUUUGACCCUCGUCACCAACAAGGUGUCUCUGGACUACAGCCGUGAGGAAAAGGUGAACCAUGAUGAGGUUCUGGAAAUCUGCAAGAUGAGGGCGGAGCUUCUGCAGAAGCUGGUCUCCACUCUGAUUGGCCGCUGUCAGCAGAACAUCAACACACACUGAGACACACACCUGUAGCUGCUCCUGGUUUCUAGUCGAUUUCUGUUCACAAUAAAAGUGAAGAACCUUC